AAUUUCAAGCUUGAUGGGAGGGUUACGUUUAGGACAACUGCAUCAAAUGUGCCUUUGUUUUGUCUUAUAAUCGGGAGGUGAGUAAAAUACGAUUUUAUCCCAUUAAGUGUAUUGACAUUUUCGAGAUUAAAGCUAGCUAACUUGAAGCGCAGUGCUAUAUCAGCAUCACCAGUAAUAUAUGCGGAAUGCGCAACCAUUGCGGAUGGAGUGCAGAAAAAAAUGCGCAUCGCUGCGACAAAAACGCAAUUAUAAAGGUGCUAGAAAUCAUCAAGUUGAAACUUAUGUUGUACAUUAUUUGUCAUUUGUGAAACUCUUUGGUAACAUGUAUUAUAUUUCUCUCUUUUGUAGAAUUCCCUCGAUCCUCUAUUUACUCAAGUGUUUCUGCACUUAUGCAUAUCUCUGUUGAUGGGUACUUUCAUAUAGUUGUUUUUGCACUAAUAUAAAGGAAUUUAACUUCUAGUUUUCAGAGAGAGUGCAUGUCUCUCUUGGCCAUAUUUUGCAGUUGAUGAACGUCUGCUCCAGGACUUUAGCUGUAGGCUACCUGGUAUGAAUGAAUAAUAUCGUAUGCAAACGAAUGCACAUUAUAGUGAAUGUUGAUCUCAGUACGUCCCUGCACAUGAUGCUCUCCUAGCGCCCCUAUUUUUUUAUGUGUCACUUAGUUGUAUCCUGUGAACAUAUGCCUUAUGCUGCCCCCACUGAAAGAUUAGUUAGUUUUCAGGUAGAUAUUGCUCACGUCCCCAACAAUGGUGUGGUACGGCCGGCCAUCUGUCGCUGUGUGAAUGGAACUGUCAGUUGGUCCGUCUGUAAACCAGGCCUGACUCAUGACUGAGUACUAUGAGGAGGGGGGGUUGCUGUACGAGCACUCGCCUCCCAUGCACAUCAAAGUGGAGUCUCCGGAGGGACCCUUCGGAGGAGGCGUCUCAGAGGACGGCUUUCCCAGGGAGGAUGAGGACUCGGAAGGCAGCUGUGACCAAAGCAGCGGGCUGCCUGGUGGACUCCCCUUCAACGUGGUGGUGGUGCAUCCUAACAUCAUGACCCCUGGCAUGUCCUCAGAUGACCUCCUAUCCAUGGAACAGCACAGAGGUUUGUCCUCUGUGUUGACAGCAGGGGGUGCAGGAAAGAGGAAGAGUCGUUUUAGCGGUGCAGAGCUGGAGGUGCUGGUUUCUGAGGUGACGCGGUGUGAGGGAGAGCUUUUUGGUCCUGCUGGGAGGCUCCGGCGCAGGGAGAGAGAGAGGAUCUGGGCAGGGAUCCUGGAGCGGGUCAACGCUGUGUCCAGAGUCCCUCGUACCCUCCGCGAGGUCAAGAAGCGCUGGGACGACCUGAAGAGACGCAAUGGAGGCAGGCUGGCAGACGCUAGGCACCGCACUUGUUACCUGCCAUCCAACAGAGGGGCUUCCAUGCUGGGACGGUCAGCUCAGGCAAGCCCCAGGCUUCACCAGGCCAGACAGAAGCAAAGCACCAGAGGGAAGGCCAGUUCCACGUGCUUCACUGAUACAGAACCAGUGGGUGGAGGUGAAGGGUUGGAGAGGGAUGGCUUUGAGAAGGAUGAGGAUAGUGGUGAGCGGGAAGGGGAGGUGGGAGAGGCGGAAUGCGAGGGGGCAGAGAGCAGUAUGGAGGAAAAGCUGGGUUUAGGACUGGGACUGGGGAUAGGACCUCCCCCUAACUCGGAACGCUGGCUGCCUCCCUCUCCCCUCUACAGCGCCCCUUUCCUCAAUGGGACCCCUCAGCCUAGUCCCCAACCAUCACUAGGGGCCCAGCAGGGACCAUUGGAGGCCCCUCCUCGUGGCUUAUGGCUGGAGGACGAGCUCCGCGGCGUGGGGGAGGCAGCUCUGCAGCUGGGGGAUCGGGUGGAGCAGAGUCUUCGGGAGUUUGGGGAGGGAUUCAGACGUGAUAUGAGAACAUUAGUAGCCUCUCAAGAGGCACUGGCAACCAGCCUACAGCAAAACAAUGUUCUCCUGCAAAGGCUGCUGGGAGUCCUAGAGGUACAGCAGCAGCAACAACAACAACCACCACAGCAGCAGCCACAUCAUUCCCAAAAACAACAGCCACAACAGUCAAUAAUGCAGCAACCACAACAGUUACAGCAGCAGCAACCACAGCCUCAACAACCAAUUCAGCAGCAGCAGCAACAACAGAUACAGCAACCCCAACUGGUGCAGCAACAACAACAGAUACAACCACAACAGCAACAACUGUUACUACAGCAACCCCAACUGGUGCAGCAGCAACAACAACAGAUACAACUGCUACCACAGCAACCACAGCAGCACCCCCAGAGUCCAAGUAAUCAACCAACUUCAGCAGUUGCCACUGUACCACCACCACCAGAUAUUCUUGAUGGUACCACCCAUCCAGAUCCACCCGCAGUCAUUAAUGGAACCGUCCAACGGCCAAGGCGGGGGAGAAUUGUUGACCAUAGACGAAGAAGAAGGCGUUAGAUAAAGAUGAAAAUAAGCUUUGAUGUACUUUAUUUAUUUUCUCUAAUACAAUCUGAUUUGAAAUAAUUGUGUCCCUUUAAUUUCAACCAAAGUCGAAAAAAUUGUUUCUUUAGCACAUUUGUUAUGUAGAGUGUGGAAAGUAUUCAGACCCCUUGACUUUUUCCACAUUGUUACGUUACAGCCUUAUUCUAAAAUGUAUUCGAUGACUGUUGUUCCUCAUCAAUCUACACACAAUACCCCAUAAUGACAAAGCAAA